UUUUGCAGUUGCUGCUCUGCCCUCUUCAUGGCUGCACGGCUGUCCCGAGGUUUGAUGUGGAGGAAUGGAAAAUGGUGUCUUUCCUGCCCUCUGUCCGGGACUCGGAUCUGCUUCAGGGGGGUGGGAAGCACCUCAUCUAGCCCUGGGGCUCUCUCUCCCUUUCAGGACAAGCCACGGAUGGUAGAGGACCUUCCUCAUGUCAGUGUGUUGGAGCUGCUUUACAGGAUGGUGUUUCAAGGUUUCUACAGCCGCCUACAUGAGCUCCAGAUCUACGAGAAGCAGCGAUACGGGCACAUCUUCAGAGAUGGGAUGAAGUCAGUGUCUGUGAACACUCCUCAGCUGCUGGAGGAAAUCCUGAGGAAUGACGAGAAGUUCCCUCGCAGAGGAGACAUGACUCUGUGGACGGAGUAUCGUGACAUGAGAGGACUCGGCUAUGGACCUUUCACUACGGAGGGAGAGAGGUGGUACAACCUGAGGGCAAUGCUGAACAAACGCAUGCUGCAUCCGAAGGACUCUGCACAGUACGGAGGUGUUAUCAGUGAGGUGGUUACAGACUUCAUGAAAAGGGUGAACUACCUGCGACAGGGCAGCCCCACAGGAGAUUUGGUGCCUGAUGUGGCUAAUGAGCUCUAUCGUUUCUCUCUAGAGGGUAUCUCCUCCAUACUGUUUGAGACAAGGCUUGGGUGUCUGGAAAAGAAAAUCCCUGCAGGCACAGAGGAUUUCAUCGACUCCAUCGCCCAGAUGUUCUCCAACAGCAUGGCUGUGGCAGUGACACCCAAAUGGAGCCGCACUUUCCUGCCCUUCUGGGAGCGCUACAUAGCAGGCUGGGAAGGCAUCUUCACCUUUUCUAAAAAGUUGAUUGACCAGAAAUUGGAGGUCAUCCAGCAGCGUGUGGAUAAGAACCAGGAAGUGGAGGGUGAAUACUUGACAUACCUCUUCUCAAACACCAAGAUGAGCACCAACGAUGUGUACGGCAGCAUCGCAGAGCUUCUGUUGGCUGGAGUGGACACGACCUCCAACACCCUCACAUGGACCCUGCACCUGCUGUCCAAACACCCUGAAGUCCAGGACAGACUUCACCAAGAGGUGUGCUCUCUGGUACCCACAGACUGGCUGCCCUCAGCUGAGGAGGUCACAAAGAUGCCAUAUCUAAAGGCUGUCAUCAGGGAAGCACUGAGGAUGUACCCUGUGGUCCCCAUAAAUGCAAGAGUCAUUACAGAGAAGAGUGUUGCUGUUGGUGGAUAUCAAUUCCCCAAAAAAACCGCUUUCACGCUAUGUCACUAUGCCAUCAGUCAUGACGAGGACACAUUCCCACAGCCGUUCUCGUACAAACCGGAGAGGUGGCUCCGUGACGGACGAGAAAGGCCAAACCCGUUUGGCUCCAUCCCAUUUGGUUUUGGAGUGAGAGGUUGUGUCGGCCGCCGGAUCGCUGAGCUUGAGAUGUACAUGGUUCUGUUUCGGAUCAUCAGACAGUUUGAAAUCCAGCCAGAUCCGACGAUGGGAGAGAUGAAAUGCAUCAGUCGCACAGUCCUGAUCCCCGACAAACCACUGAACCUGCACUUUGUGGACCGAGGAGCUCCAAAUGUCGCCUGAUUUACUUUUCACAGAUGUCUCUGUUUGAAUGCAAAUGUUGCAUGUGAGGGUAAAACUUGUUAUGUAUUUGUUUUAAUGAAUGUACAGACUUGAUCAUAGAGAGACAGCAGCAGCAGGUUUGAAACAUUUUGCUUUGACAAAUCAAUCAUUAAUAUUCAAAACAUAUUUUAAGCUCAUAUGUAUAGUAUAUCAUAUGUACUGUAUAUCAUGUGCACAGCCUUUAUUGCAACAUUUUUCCAUAAUUUUGUGAGACUGAAAAAACAUUGAGCACUUCCGGUAUGAUACUAGUACUUGACAGGUGGUCAUUGUUUGUACAGAAUGAUGAAAGAUACGAGGAUGACACUUUAUUUUUCUACGAACAGUUAAAGAAUAGAUAAAACAGAGUGAUAUGGAUUUCCUGUAAACCUCAUGAAAUGGUCUAAGUGGUUUAACAAGGUGGGCGAUAACCUUCAGAUGUUAUACUUUACUAUAAUCUGUACAUGUCUUCCUCACCUGCUUACUUCACAUAAAAUCAAAGAGUGCGCUGCAUGGGUGAACAUCUAUAUUCCAGAUGCCUCACAAUACUGUAUACCUUUUUAUUGCACAAUAAAGCAUUGUGUCUUUUUA